AUGUCUCCGCUUCGUUGCAUUCUCUUCCUCGCUGCACUCUGCUCUCUGAUUCCUGCUCUUCACGCUAGCGCUGGCGAUGCUGAUCCGAUUUACAAGUCUUGUGUGGUGCAGUGUGAAAAAUCUGGAUGUGUAGGAGAGAAAUGCUUUCAACACUGUAAAUUUUCAUCUGAUGGGAAACCUAUUGAUGGUCCAUGGUACAUGCAAGAACCGCUUUAUUUGCGCUGGAAACAAUGGGACUGCCGCAGUGACUGCAGGUACCACUGCAUGCUUGCUAGGGAGGAAGAGAGAGAGAAACUUGGUGAUAAGCCUGUCAAGUAUCAUGGAAAAUGGCCAUUUCAGCGUGUUUAUGGCAUCCAGGAACCUGUUGCUGUUGCUCUUUCUGCUCUCAAUCUUGCCAUGCAAUUUCAUGGUUGGAUUUCUUUUUUCAUCCUUGUAUACUACAAAUUGCCUUUGAAUCCAAAUAAGAGGACUUACUACGAAUAUACGGGCGUGUGGCACAUCUAUGGGAUCUUAUCAAUGAACUCUAGGUUUUGGAGUGGUGUAUUUCACAGCCGAGAUGUGGAGUUAACAGAGAAGCUAGAUAUUUCUUCUGCUGUAGCACUACUUGGAUUCUCACUCAUUCUAGCAUUACUUCGAGCUUUUAAUGUGAGAGAUGAGGCUGCCAGGGUCAUGGUUUCUGCUCCGCUGAUUGCAUUCGUGACCACACACAUACUGUACCUGAACUUCUAUAAACUUGAUUAUGGUUUGAACAUGAAAGUGUGCAUGGCCAUGGGCAUUGCUCAGCUUCUUACAUGGGCAGUUUGGGCUGGUGUUACUCGACAUCCGUCACGAUGGAAGUUGUGGGUGGUGGUGGCAGGAGGAGGCCUUGCCAUGGUCUUCGAGAUAUAUGACUUCCCACCUUACCGGGGUUAUAUAGAUGCACUUGCUCUCUGGAAUGCAAUCAACAUACCUCUUACAUACCUUUGGUGGAGUUUUGUCAGGGAUGAUGCUGAGUUUAUGACAUCGGCCCUCCUGAAGAAAGCAAAGUAG